AAUAAUAAAAGCUGCGGCCGCUAAGGGCAAGAAAAUUAGAGCAGUAAUUCCCAACACUUUGAGUAAAGAGGGAGAAUUAGGGUUUUUUCCAUCAGAGGAAGUGUUAGUUGAUAGUAAAAUACUUGCCAAAAAUAAAUUGUAUAUCCUAGCUGUUUCGGGUGGUCCAGAUA